AUGUUUCAACAGUUGAGUGGAUUGUCAAACGUAUCGACUGUCGGUGGUGCAUUUAUACGUGGUGCCGGCGGCACACUUGUCACUGCUUCAGAUUCAGACGAUGUGACCAGAUCAAAGGUUUCUGCAGCGGCUACUAUUAGUGGUGAAUUUUUAACUGGUGUCACAUCUCUCAAUAUGCUGAUCAUUGAUAAGCCUACAACAUAUGAAAAGAUAGAUGCUUCAACAAAUAAAUCCCUUGCAUCAUCAGUUAUCGUUUUGGCAGUGAAAAGAAAUACAAAUGUAUCAACUCCGCUGAAUAUAUCUCUUUUUCUUCAAGUUUUGACGGAAUAUCAGCCCAGUGUAAACGCCAAUUACUUUUGUUCAUUUUAUGAUGCAACUAAAUUGACAUGGAAUGAGUUCGGUUGUACGAAACCUCGAUAUAAUCUGGAAUUUGAUCGAUAUGAAUGCAGUUGCAAUCAUACAACUACAUUCGCACUUAUCUGGUCAACAACUAUUCCCGGAACAUUGGACACUACAUCAGCAUCUGUUCCCGGAUCAUCGGACAGUACAUCAACAACUGUUCCAGGAACAUCGGACACGAGUACCAUCACAUCGGACGCAACUACCACCACAUCGGGGACAACGACCACCACAUCGGAGACAACUAGCACGACAUCGGAGACAACUACCACCACAUCGGACGUGAUAACCACAAAGGGUGCGACAAGCAGUGUUUCUACAACAUCUGUUAUUUUGACUAGCACAAGGCGUCCUGUUUGUUUGAAUUCUAGUUAUGUUGCAUUCUCGAAUGGUACUUGUGUUCUGAACUCUGUAGCAGAGGUAUGGUAG